GGAAGACCUGUUGUCGUUUUCAAAUAUUGAAAAAAUAAUCCAUGAAACGACAAAAUAAUCCAUUCGAUUCGGCGGAAACCGACUUGGUAGUUUUGAACGAGUAAAGAUGGAAUUAUGAACGACUUUUUCAAGCACCUCAACCGGAGGCCGAAUUCCAUAACGCGCGUUUUAUCAAUAUAAUUUUUGAACAAGGCUAUUCAAAGGUCAAGGUAUGAAAUGAGAGCGAUUUUUUCGCAACCCAGACAGCCAGCUUGGAAUAGAAAAGAUGCUUCUAUCAACUCGGUUGAUCAAAAUAAGACAUGAAAAGCUCUGUACCACAAACCGCGUCUGCGUAACAGUCACAGGAAUGAUGAUUUUCUUUGUGAUUUUGUAUUUUACUUCAAAGAAUUGGGGCCAACUAGAGGAAGAUGAAAUACUCACAAAUCUGAGAUAUAAUGGCUUAUUAGUACGAGCAGAAUGCAAGGCUUGCCUCAAAAUAGCCAUGGCCAAUCAACAGAGACACCAAGAUGAUGUAACAACUGGGCAGCAUCACAACUGCACUAAACUUCAAAGAAAGAUAGACCUCUUAGAACAAAAAAUGAAAUUAUAUGAAAAUUUAGGUAAAUUUACAGAAGAAGAUUCGUUAGUAAACCAUUACGGGAGCAAAGUGCGGCAAAAUAUUCUUGUCAUAUCAAAUCUUCAUUGUGGCAGUUCGUUCUUAGGUGAAAUCUUUAAUCAGCAUCCUCAAGUGUUUUACUUGCACGAGCCCGUAGAAUCAUUGGAAUAUUACCGGGAGAAUAGACCCGAGAACGUCUACGAUACCAUGGUGACACACCUCCUCAAUGGCAUCUUUCACUGUGACUUUCGUGAACUGGCUUAUUUUACGGAUUUUAUUUCUUUGCAGUAUAGCUCGAUCAAGCACAGAUUAUCAAGCAGAGCACUUUCUUCACCUCCACUUUGUCCUUCCUUCAGCCAAAACCAUCCUCUAUUUAAUAUUCGAAUGUGCACUAGACUUAGGCCUCAAACUUUGUCUGCAAUAUGCAAUCUGCAUAGGCAUACAGUAGUCAAGACAAUUCAGGUUGAUUUUAUCCACAAGUUGUCUUAUCUUAUGGACACAGAAGGACCAGCCGAUUAUGCCUUGAAAGUCGUACACCUCGUGCGCGACCCGCGUGCUUUGAUUGAUGCUAAAAUUCAAAACGAUUUAAAUAGUAAUUGGACUACAACAUCUUUACGUCAAAAUGCCCGAGCAAUGUGUAAAGAUUUACUUCUGAAUAUCAAAUACGCAGUAAGUGCUCCCCCCUGGUUACAAGGUCGUUAUACGUUGCUACGUUACGAGGACCUAGCAACCAAGCCACACCAAAUUGCCGAACAGCUUUAUCAGUUUGUAGGGAUAAAUAACGAUGCUCAAGUUCGAAGAUGGCUCGAUAAAAAGUCCAACACUGUUUCUUAUUCUGGUAUGAGUGCUUUAAAUCCCAGUGGCCCUGUAGAGGUACAAGAUAGAAGUUCGAGUGAAAAUGUUUUUCAAUGGAGAGGACGAAUGCCAUACUCUGUCGUUAGGAUCAUAGAAACUGAAUGUUAUGAAGUCAUGAAUUUAUUAGGUUAUAAAAUUGUAGACGAUAUGGAUGAACUUAGGGCAACUAAUAUUCCUCUUGUGGAUUAAGAGAUUUGAGUAGCUAUGAAUCGGAACGUGCAACUGAUCAAAAGCUAUUUUGAAGAAUUUCUUUUAAUCGACUUAGUGCCGUUUACAAUUUAGUCGUUCCAUAUAGAACUGAAUCUCCAUCUCGUUCUAGAGAAGUGACUGAGGAGAGUUGCUACUAUAGUCACGAACAGUUGAAUAAUGAAAGAGUUAGUUGCUAUGUUUAUAAUAAAACAUCGGGGUUGUUCAUAAAACUAAAAAUAUAUAUAUAUAUAUAUAUUUUUUUAAAGGUUUCGGCUUCAUUGUUCGAAAAAGACGUCAUUAAAAUUAAAGUAAUAUAUAUAUGGAAAAAGAAAAAAGAAAAAAAAGGCAGGAAUAGAACAACUAUUAAAGUAAAAACUUUUGUACGGAUGGAAUCCUUGUAACUUUUGUCCAAUUGAGCUUACACCCGAAGGACAUCGAAACUUGUUUAUCCAUUCCUUCCUAUUCAGUAACCACUUCAAUCUUGCCUUUCGAAAAAGUUUCAGUUGUUUUACUAAUAAA